GCGCCGUUCCAGAAGCCCCCGCGCCGUUGGGGUCCUGACGGGCGGUCGAGUCUUCCGCCGCACGUGUUUUCAGAGCGAUGCCUAAAUCUAAGCGAGACAAGAAAGUUUCCUUAACAAAAACUGCCAAGAAAGGCUUGGAACUGAAGCAGAACCUGAUAGAGGAGCUUCGGAAAUGUGUGGAUACAUACAAGUACAUCUUCAUCUUCUCUGUGGCCAACAUGAGGAACAACAAGCUGAAGGACAUCCGGAAUGCCUGGAAGCACAGCGGGAUGUUCUUUGGCAAAAAUAAGGUGAUGAUGGUGGCUUUGGGGCGAAGCCUGUCUGACGAAUACAAAGACAACCUACAUCAGGUCAGCAAGAGGUUGAGAGGUGAAGUUGGGCUCCUCUUUACCCACCGCACAAAGGAGGAGGUGAACGGGUGGUUCACAAAGUAUACAGAAAUGGAUUUUGCUAGAGCUGGGAACAAAGCGACUUUAACCGUGAGCCUGGAUCCAGGGCUCCUGAAGCAGUUCCCUCAUUCCAUGGAGCCACAGCUGAGGCAGCUGGGCCUGCCCACUGCCCUCAAGAAAGGUGUAGUGACCCUGCUAUCUGACUAUGAAGUGUGCAAGGAGGGCGAUGUGUUGACUCCAGAGCAGGCCCGGGUCUUGAAGCUUUUUGGGUAUGAGAUGGCUGAAUUCAAGGUGACCAUCAAAUACAUGUGGGAUGCCGAGUCGGGGAGAUUCCAGCAGAUGGACGGUGAUCUGCCUGAAAGCGUAUCUGCAUCUGAGGGAGAGUCAGAGGAAGAGGAUGAUAGCUGACUCUAGGGUGUGGGACGAAGGACUUCCAGCAAGUUCUUCAUCUCCAUUGGACACCAGGACUGCUGUCACCCCUCUGAAAGGAGCAGCUCUUUAUCUUGACGUGGAUGCGGAAAAGAGAGGAAGCUGGGGUGGGACUUUGUUUCUACAAAGAAUAAAAUCUUGUCCUCAGGUUUUCCCCUGUAGAUAGCAAGAGACUUUUCCUAGUAAAAAGGCUUUCAGCUUUGUGCUUCUGUUUGGGCCUGCACAGCCUGGCCCCUCGACACCACAGCCCUGCAGAUAGCUGCCAGGAACACCCAGGCUCAGGUGUGUUCUAGCCCUUUGUCUGAAGUACAUUGGCUGAGGAGAGUUUUGAGCCCGGGCAACUUCAUCACAUGGGAGGGGAGGUAGAGACUGGUAGGUUAGGAAUUCAAAGUCCACCUGGGCUACCAAAGACCUUGUCUUAGACACUAAAACAAAUAGCUUGAUAGAUAAAUUGGAGUUGAGGGCAUUGGUCACUUGUUAACUUGUAUUGCGUAUCAUAGAUCCUUCAGAUUUGGGGAGAAAAAGGAAAGGGCUGGAACUGGUACCUCCUACCUGUCGUUCACCUAAGUGUUUACCAAAGGUUAGUAACAAUUCAGCAGUUUCUUCUGGUUUUUCUAUUCAAGAAUAUGAAAAUAUAUA